AAAACAAAACUACGAACCCCUCUCUCACUCUGUUCUUCAUUUGACAACAAUGGAAGAAACAACAACAGAUGCACAGGACAUUAUAUGGUGCAGAGAGACAGUGCCGAAAGUGUUGAAACUCGUUUGUUCAACUUUAUUACUCACUCACACAGACCUUGUUUCUCUUCUCCUCGUCACUCCCUCGCUUCAUCGUACCCUUCUUUCUUCCCAACACCUUUGGCAGUCACUCAAUUUUCGCGAGUUGAAUAAUGCGGGGAAUCGCCUUAUAUCUGCUCUUUCUCUGCCAAGAUAUCGCUAUGUGAAGCAGAUUAACCUCGAAUUUGCACGAGAUGUUGAAGACUCACAUCUUAUCCUUAUUAAGGAAAAGUGUUUUGAUUCUCUUCAAAGCUUGGAGUCUUUAAAUUUGAAUGGCUGCCAAAAAAUCUCGGAUACAGGAAUUGAAGCAAUAACCAGUUGUUGCCCUCAGCUGAAAACCUUUUCCAUCUACUGGAAUGUGAGGGUAACAGAUACAGGACUACUGCAUACAGUGAGGAACUGCAAGCGCAUAGUUGAUUUGAACAUAAGUGGCUGUAAGAAUAUUUCAGACCGAGGUGUACAAUUUGUUGCUGAGAGUUAUACAGAACUAGAGUCGCUGAACUUGACUAGGUGCAUCAAGUUAACAGAUGAUGGGUUGAAGCAGUUAUUGCACAAAUGUCUAUCUCUUCAGAGUUUGAAUCUCUAUGCAUUGUCUAGUUUCACAGAUGAAGCUUACAGGAAAAUAUGCCUUUUGACACGUCUAAAGUUUUUGGAUCUCUGUGGUGCCCAGAAUCUUUCAGAUGAAGGACUUUCCUGUAUUUCUAAAUGCAAGAACCUUGUAUCCCUCAACCUGACAUGGUGUGUACGUGUGACUGAUGAGGGGGUCAUAUCCAUUGCACAGAAUUGCACCUCUCUUGAAUUUCUAAGCUUGUUCGGAAUAGUUGGUGUGACUGAUAAAUGUCUGGAGGCACUCUCAAAGUCCUGUUCCAACAAAAUUACGACCCUUGAUGUGAACGGAUGUAUUGGCAUCAAGAAACGAAGCCGUGAAGAAUUGCUUCAGUUGUUUCCUUAUGUGAAAUGCUUUAAAGUGCAUAGUUAAUGUGUGGUUAGUGGAAGUUUGGAAAUGAAAGCAGUCUUUUUGACAAUGAGGCAUAUAACCUGUAAAAGUUGCAAAUCCAUUGUCAAGCAAUUUCAUUUUUUUUUAUUUUUUUUUAUUAAUUUUUUAGCAUUCCUUUCUGCCUGUGGUAUAUUUGUUAUAAUUUUACCAAUUUGUUGUAAAACAAAUUUGUGUUUC